UUAAAUAAGGGUAGGUACAGGCAUCCGAUAACUUGUUCCAAAAAAGGAGAACACGUGCAUGUGUGCGCGCUUGUGGUCAAUUGACCAAUCACUGCCACCGAGAGCUUUCUUAAUCGCAUUUGAACAGUAUAAAACUCGAAGAUGGGGAGAACGAUCGUUACUGAGCUCAAAUUAUCGUUAUGGACUCAACAACCGAACUAGACACAGACAUAGAUGAGCAAGAGAGUUUUCAUUUGCAUAUUGAGGAAACGCCGGAUGCUGAUGAUCAUCGACUUUCGCCCAUUGAAUCGGAAUCGGGAUCUGAAAGCAUUCUCUCCGCACCCAGAUCAAAGAAAAAGAAAUUUCAAGAACAAACGCCUACCCUCAGAAGGUCACCAAGGAAACAUGUACUUAUUCAUAAGUCACUAUCACAACAGUCAACAGACAAAAACCCAAAGGCCAGUAAUGUACAGACUAGGAGACUAUUACUGCCAUCAGAUUCAUAUUCUGACAGCAAUGAUCUGUCUAUUUACAUGAGCUCUCCUGGUCCUUUACCUCCCCUUAGAAAAUCCCCAAGAAAGAGGACAUCUAAAUGCAAAAAAUCACAAUUAAAAGAGAAAACCCCACAAGCCAGGAAUGUGGUUCAAAUUGGAAGAGUACCAAUGCCAUCAGAUUCUGACAGCAGUGAUAUCGAUGCACCUUGUGGAAAUCAAAUGUCUGGAAUUCGGAAAUCACCAACUAGAAAGUCCCCAAGAAAAAGGACAACGUUAACUCCUGCUUCAAAUCAAAGUCAAACAGGCAGAAAUUUGGGUUCAAGAACCCAAAGAAAUGAUAUGACUCAACAACCAAAUGUGCAUGUAACACCUGGUGCAGAAAUAUCCAGUGGAAAAUCACUUAAGCAACAACUUCAAGAAAUCAUUGGAAACCAAAAGGAAAUGAUGCAGGGGAUCACAAGCUUGAAAAAAGACGUUUCAACCAUUAAAGGAGAGAUGGAAAAAAGAAAAGCAAAUGAACCUGUAGAGAUUCCAAGUAAAAUAAGAGUUGCAGUUAAAGAUUUUUACACAAGUGGCCUUGAGAGAGACAUGACAUGGAAUUUGAAAAAGAGGUAUACAGAUGAAGACAACUUUGAACUUACCAAUUACAUUAAAACAAGUGUGCAAGGAAUUGCCCCAGAUACCUCAGAGGAAGUUAUACAUGGUGCCAUCAAAACAUAUUUCACCUCAAAGAAGGAGGCAGAAAACAGAAUGUCAAAAAACAAGGCAGAAAUUCACAAAAAGAGGCAGGCAACCUAUGAGAGAAAAAAGGAGAAACUUAGACGUCGGCUGUCUGCCUUGGACAAGAAAACAAAAUGGUCAAAGGACAAGAAGGAGCUUGUGCGUGGAUUACUUUCCAGCAAGUCAGCACAUAAGUACAUGAGUAGCGACGAGGAAGGGGAUGAUGGCUUUAUUUCCCACCCUUUUUCCUGGGAAAGUGAAAGCUUCCGGAGUGUUAAAGACAGUCUGGACAAAAAGUUCCUGGAGACUUGUCCAGUCAGGAGUAAAAGACUGCUUUCCAAAAGGACUCGUGGAAGUCUUAAGGAUGAAGAACCUCCAACGCUUCCUGAACAGUUCAUGUGGAUUGUGUCUCCUUAAGGUUAACAUCUGUAAUUCAGGACUGGGAAAAUUGUUCUAAAUAGCCAUCAGUUUGUUUGUUUUUUUGCAUUGAAUAAAUGUCAUC